AUGUGCCUUGGAGCAGGGGGUUUAGGUGGAGGAACGCUUGGAGCAGGAGGAGUUGGAACUGGCACAGGUCAGGGAGCUGGAGGGCUUGGAGUUGGACCAGGAUACAUACCUGGAGGUGGUUAUGGAGGUUAUGGACCAGGUGGUGCUGGUCAAUACCCAGGAACUGGUGGAACUGGUCCCAAACCUCCUAAAACAGGUGGGGCGGGAAUAUCACUUGGAGGAACUGGUUAUGGACCUGGUGGUGCGAGAUUUGGUCCUGGCGGUGCUGGAUUUGGGCCUGGUGGUGCCGGAUUUGGGCCUGGUGGUGCAGGGGUUGGCCCUGGAGGUGCCGGAUUUGGGCCUACUGGUGCCAGAUUUGGACCUGGUGGUGCAGGGGUUGGGCCUGGUGGUACAGGGUUUGGGCCUGGAGGAACAGGAGUUGGGCCUAGUGGAACAGGAUUUGGACCUGCUGGUGCUGGAGUUGGGCCUAGUGGAACAGGAUUUGGACUUGGUGGUGCAGGAGUUGGGCCUAGUGGAACAGGAUUAGGGCCUGGUGGUGCAGGGAUUGGGCCUGGAGGAACAGGAUUUGGGCCUGGUGGUGCAGGAGUUGGGCCUAGUGGAACAGGAUUUGGACCUGGUGGUGCAGGAGUUGGGCCCGGAGGAACAGGAUUUGGACCUGGUGGUGCAGGAGUCGGGCCUGGAGGAGCAGGGGGAGUUGGGCCGGGUGGAGUUGCCACGCCAGGAGGAGUGCUGCCACAGACUGGUACCACUGGGGGAGGAACUGGAAGAAAGAGUAGCGCUAAAGCAUCAAAACAAGUUCCAGGAGUUGGGAUACCUGGACUCUAUCAAGGUGGAUUUGUACCAGGUCAAGGUUUUGGUGGCCGUGGUGUUCUCCCUGGUGUGGCCACAGGAGCUGGACUUGGGCCUCAGACUGGAUCUGGAGUUCUCGGCCAGGGAGGAGUUGGACCAGGAGGAGCAGUCAAUGGUCGUGGACAGCAGCUGCCUGGCGUUUUCCGUGGUUACCCUCUUAUAUCACCAAAAUCAGGGACAGGCAAAUCGAAGAAGAAUCCAGCCAAAGCUGCAGCUAAAUACGGUAAAGAUACUUGCAUGCAGGUGUUCCUCUGUACUGCCAUUUUUGUUAGCUCACCUCUUAUUUUCUUCAAUCAGGUGGAGCUGGGGCUGCAGGAGGUGCACUUGGUCAAGGAGGUGCUUUGGGGGUUGGGGGAACAGGAGGAACUGGGAUCUCACCUGGAUUAG